GAUUAUUAUUUUGUUUCCAGAUAUUUUAUAGCUGGUAUGAAUUCAGAUUACUUUCUUAUAUGUAAUAAUACAAUUGAAUAGAGAGGGUCACGAGCAUAAUGUUCUUCCUUAUUUCUUUGUAUUUUGAGAGAAAUUGUUAAGUGAGAAAAAAACACAGUUUGAGCCUCUUGCUGGCAAGGUCCAAGGCAUGACAACUGUGUCCCAGUGCUUCAGAUAGUUGUCUCCUUCUUGGAGUCAUCUCUGGCUCUCAGUUUCCAAAUUGAGACAAGUCCAGAGUUUUCCACUUUUAUCUUCUGCUUCAGUUAUUUGUGAUUAUGAUCAAGACUGCAUCGUAGUUAACCACGGAGGAUUUUAUUCCAAUCAGAGUUGCUGUACUAUGUAUCUUAAUAAGUUGACGAUCCAGCAAAGAAUGUGAUGGUGGAAAUGGGCAUCUCUUUUCUAGGGAGAGAAUAAGUUUUACUUUCCAGUGGCCUAAAAGACUGAUGACGCUCUUGUUCUUCAGGCUGUGGCUCCAAAGAAUGAGGCAUGUCCCUGGCAGGAAAGCCGGCAUGGCUGGAGCAGGGUAUCACCAGCUCCAUCAGCGGAGAGGCUGAGGCACAAGUACAUUGAGUGGCUUUGCAUCCCGUCCAGGAGGGGGCGCAUGUCCUCCGACUAUUGACCCUGAGCGUCCUGAUCGGCCUUCAGUGGCCGGCAGGUGGCGCCAGAAGCUUCCUGUCCUCUGCACGGGCGCAUGCGCACCUCUCCGGCGUCCUUGGUAACGGAGCGGAUUUUCCCUCAGGAAAACCGAGGGCCCGCCACGGUGGCCCUGGGGCAGUUGCCUGGCUUGGUCGCGUCUGAGGCGGCUAAGCGCUUCCGGCCACACCGCGCGUCUGAGGAGUUCUCCUUGUGCACGCAUGUGAGAGAUUCCCAAGAGUACCUACACAUGAAUGACAUUGCUGGAUUGAAAGAUAUCCCUUUGAGGACCAGCCUUCCACCACCAUUCAGAAAUUAUAAAUAUGAUAAACUGAAGAUCGUUCAUCAAGCACAUAAAUCAAAGACAAAUGAACUUGUGUUGAGUUUGGAAGAUGAUGGCAGUCUCCUGUUAAAAGAAGAUAGCACCCUGAGAGCAGCUGGAAUCGCCAGUGAAACUGAAAUUGCAUUCUUCUGUGAAGAAGACUAUAAGAACUACAAAGCUAAUCCCAUUUCAUCCUGGUGAAAACCUCACAGAGCUUCCUUUUUUGCAUACUUGUAUUAAGCUCUUUAUUACACUAGUGAGUUUCUGAAAUUGACAAAUAAACUUAAAAAAAUUAAUCCCAG